AUGACUGGGAUGACCUUUGAUGUUGGUUCUCCGAGUGAGGAGAUCUGCACCUCGCUCGUCAGCGUGCGCCCUGUGGUUGACCGCCGAUCUGAAGCUCCUGGUGGCGUUCCACCAGCGAUGCCCAACUGCGUGAGACUAGGGCUUGAUACGCACGACAAGGUUUCGCCGAAGUUCUUGUUGACAGUCGCCCUGCAGACAGUAGACCAGCUGCUGAACAACGAAGGUACGUUGUUCAGCCACGAUCAGAUCCAGCUGCUGAGCCAAGGAGAACGUCCCACCGUCCGCCUGGACCUCGAAGGUGCGGACAAGUACGAUGACGCUAAGACGACUGCUGAUGAGCCGGAGCGAGUCAGAAAUGUCUCAAAGCAUCUUCUUGCGUCUGUUUAA